CUGUACUUGGCCGGAGCCUGCGAAUGGCAGCUCGAAUGGGUCAUUGAAGACGUUGAUAGCCGCGAUGGAACAGGUGAGGAGGUCUCCGCAAAUGAGGCGAGGUGCAGACUUCUUUAUCCUAGUGAUACUUAUUGUCCUUGGUGGAGCCUUCCUGGACUGGGGCAGUUUCCGGGGACUAAGUGCUUCAGCCCUUCAGGCUGACAGCUUGAGGCCACUGGACGUUCUGGGGCUUGACGGAGCUGCUAGCCUCUGCUCAGGCCUGCGGACGGGGCACUCAGGAUUGUUGAAGCAGCGGAUGGCUGCUCUGUUGAGAGGACGGAUAUGGUCCAAACCAGUGGAGGAGAUGCAGGAAGGCUGCGAAAGUUCCAGCCUGCUUGUGACCAUGGCGAAGUGUAGCAUCUGGUUUUUGGCAUUCAUUGGGGCGCUAACAGGCGUGCUGGCAUCGCUAUAUUGGCCGGGGCGGCGGCAUGUGCAGAUUGCGCAAUGGCCGCCUUUGAAGUGGGUGGAUUGGCUGAGGGCGACUUUGCAGAGCGCAUGGAUCAAGCGGAGGUCGGAGCGGCGGAAGCAGAAUGCCGCCCUUGCUUUGCGAGUGGCCCUGAGAUCAGGAGACAAGGAGCUGCUGAGUGCGGCGUUGGAGGAGGCAGAGAGCGCCAAGGUGGACACACCACUGAUGCGGAGGGCGACAGUGGCGCUGAGAGAGCUACGGCGCAAGGCGGCCAAGAUCUCCAAGAAGGGAAGGUCCGGGCGGGGGGACCCCGCCCACCGCCGAUCGGCGUCCCCCACCCGGCAGCGGCGGUCCUCCCGCUCGGCCUCCCCUGGCCGUGCCUCCGACGGCGCGCACCGCUCCGGGGAUCUCGACAGCGUUGGCCAGUUCUGGCAGGGGUCCAGCGAGAGCAGUGGCGACUUCAGCAUACCUGCCGGCAAGGCCGGGGCCGCGGUUCAUCAUCCAAAGGAUGCAGCGGGAGGAUCCCCAAAGGCAGGGCCAGUUACCCGAGAGGCCGACCGGGGCUCGCCGCCGCUGAGCAGCCAGCCAUCGAUGUCCCUCUCACAACAGUCUUCUUUGAGCGAGCACAGCAGCGUCACCGUGCCGGCCCCGGCGCAGCCGCCGCCGCAGCCGGAGCGGCAAAACUCCGAGCGGCAUGCGGCGGCGGCUGCCGGGAAGCCACACUUGGUCAGGGACUCCGUUGGGGAGCUGGCGGCAGCUGCCGCUAUGCGGGUGGAAGCUUUUGAGAAGGAGCGGGAGCGGCAGAGGGAGGAGAAGAAGCAGGCGCGCAGCCGCGAGGCGGCCGAGAGGGCCGCGGCGGCCGCGCAGGAAAAGGCGGCGGCGGCCGAUGCGACGGAGAAAACCACAGUCAAAGCCGAUAAGGCGGCGGACGCGGGCACGCCCAAGGCGUUGGGCCGCGGCGGGUCAUUUUUUGGGCGGAAGGCUGCGCCAGUGACCACGGUGUCUCCGGCCGGCUCCGGUGCCGGCGGCGAUCGGGAGUGGAGGUGGGCGGGUGGUAAAAAGGAGAAGCCGGUGGCGGUGCCCAUAGAGCCGGUGACGCCGCGCCCAGGGCGCAGAGGGGCCGUCGUUCUGACAGUGCCGCGGCCGCAGGCAAACGGCGGCAACCGCGGUGCCACCACUGUGAAGGGGGAUGCCGGGAAGAAGCAGACAGGGACGCCCGUGUCGCCGGCGGCCGCGGCCGCAGCCGCGCCCGGGUGGACAAAAAAGUUUUCGCGCCACACCUCGUCAGCGCCCACGACGCCAAAUGGCAAGUACGGACCGCUCGACGGCGUUGCCUCCAUGCUGCCCAUCGGCCAGGGCCUUGCCGCCGCUUCGCUGCUGGGCCAACCCCCCGAGCCGCCUCCGCCGCCGCCCCCGCAGCUGCCGCGGCUGUAUGCGCAGGUGGCGCGCGACGGGUCUGGAGGUCAGCAGGAACGCCCCUCCACGGCGCCGCCGAGCGGCAAGCGCACGCCGCCGCCGCCGGCCCCGGCCUCCCCGCACGCCCCGCAACAGAACGGCGCUCUUUUUCCCCCGGCAUUCCCCUCUCCCAACCCCACGCACACCCAGGCCUCCUCGCUCUUCCUGGGCCUGGGCGGCUUUGGAGGCUUCAUGGGCGGCUCUCAGGCGCCGCAGUCCGGCGCUGCCGAGGCGCUCAGCCCUUUCCCGGGGAUGUCCCUGCACCGCCGCGUCCCCCCGGCCGUGCGAACCCCUGCCGUCCAGGCGCGCUCCCUCCAGUUUGCCAAGUGUCUCACUCAAGAGGAUUUGGGGCCUCCAGUGCGUCUAUCUAGCUACAGUGCCAUGCCCAUGGCGCCCCAGCCUGCUCCCUACCACAGUUUUGACAGCAUCUGGAGCUCCAACGCUGCCGGAGAGCCCCUGCCCAUUGGCACAUCGCCUCCGGGGUGGAACCCUAUGGGGAUGCGCUGCCGCACGUCUGCCGCGCCGGACUGGAAGUCCGCGCCUGGGCCGGGGUUAUCUCCCCUGCACUUUGCAUCGGAGCCCCUUCCGCCCCUCGAGAGCACCCUCGCCGAGACCGGCCCGGCCGCCGCCGCGGCUGCCACCGCGCCCGUAGCUACGGGCCCGCUGAGCGAGGGGUCCGUAUCCGGCCCUAGCGUGUCCCACUUCAGCAGCGUCAGCACUAGCAGCUCCCUGGAAGGCUGGUGAAGCUGCAGGAAGGGGGGGGAAGCUGCUGUGCAUUCCUGAUCAGGCGCCGGCCUGAAAGUGGCUCCUGGGUGGAUGUCUGCCCCUGCCUGCCUUCUUGCAGGCCUGGCACGGCUUUCAAAAAUAUCAUUUGCGGUUGCAAUUAGGAGGAAAGGGUAUUUAGACAAUGGGCUGCCUUUGUUGCUGGUUUGGUUUAUUCCUGGCUCAGAGGACAUUGCUCCUGAGUUCCGAUACCAACCCUUGGGGUCUUUCCCCGCUUGAGAGGGGGGAUAUAAUGGGGUCUGCGAUCAUCGCAGUGCGAUGGGAUGCGCGGUUUGCAGGGUUAUUUUCAAGGAACCUGCAACAUGCAUGCAUGGAGAGAAGCACCACACGGUCUGAUGGCUUGAGAAUCCCUUUUGACCAGGUUUGUGCAUUGCAUUUGCUUCCCUAAGAUCUGCUGCUGCUUUCUGACAGGCCGAGUGCACAUGCGUGUGAGACAGUUGCUAAUUCGUGGGACGGUGCAUUUUGUCGCACCUGACCUUCUGAGUUGUGUACCAACAAGUUUGCCGGCGACUGCGCUAAUGUUUGAUUCCUAGGUCCAAAAUUAUCAUGACUAGCAAGUACAUGCGGCGUGCAUAAGGCUCUUGCUGUAUGCUUUAGCUGUAAGCAAAUGCAUCCUUU